AUGCCGCCGAAACGAAGUAGGAAAAGGACCUCUGAUGGUCCAAAACUAGCCGUUGGAGCUUCGGCUCAAAUAGAAAAAUUAGAAGGAUCUAACAAGAUGGAGCCGUCCAUCCGAAAUUUGGUGGCAACUUUGAUGUUUACGUCAGGCGACGACGAAAAUCCAUUAGAAGAGAAUGAGGACUUUGUGCUGGAUAUCUUGAAAAAUGAACUUGUUAUGCUUCUAAAAGAUGUUGUAGCUGUGCAUAGCACUAAAUUUCCACUUGUAAAGCUGGAGCACAUUCUGCCUGUUCUAAAAGAUCAAAGAGGUAUCAUAUCUCGAUUUAUCAAGUAUCUGCAAAAUCGAGUUGAAAUGGCAAGAUUUAUGAAAAAGAAAACGUAUUCAAGUAAUGGAACAAAAGAAGAUGUUGAAAACGACGAUGAUUAUGAUAAGAAUCAGGUGGUUGAAGAUGAAGUUGAUCCGAUAGAUGAUAUAGGAGAAAUCGGAGGCGAAGAAGGAGAAAUUCUGAAGAAAAAGAGUAAAAAUGUUGGAACGGUUACAAUUGAAGAGAAUUUGUUAGAAGAAGUGAAGCAAGCGUUUUCUAUAGCCGGAUUCAACUUCAAAUCUUUCCAAAAUUUUGUGGAUGAAGCUCAUAACGAGCAGGUUCGAGCACUUCAGAUAGUUAUGGAUGACAUGACCAGAGAAGAAUAUAAUCGAUACGCUGAAGCUCGUCGUAUUAGUUUCCAAGACCAGUCUCCAAUACCAUACAAUUUUAGUUCUUUUGAGUUUUCAACAAGUAACAAAAAACGAAAAGGGACCGUUUCAAAUAGACAACUUUUACUAUCAUGGCUGGGUAAUCCUCCAAUAAACGGUGAACCUGCUCAUGUGUUUCUCGCAUUUCUAGCCAAAGAAAUUGUUUCUGUAAUCGUUGGAGCGGCGUUGGUUGAGAGACGAAAAAUGAGUCCAGCCGAAGGUGGACUUCUACAUCACUGCUACUACGAAGAGCCAUUUCGUAAAAAUAAACGGUUCCGAAAAUACGGGAGAUUUCUUUUCUGA